AUGAAUCCUAUCAGCAAGCACUUGCAGAGCAUGCGACAGGCAGAUGUGCUUCUGCGAGCCCUCGCGGAGAGGGGAGACGACGAGGCCUUCUCCUCUGCGAGCGGCGUCCUCUCUGGCUGGAGUGACUCCAUCCUGGAGCUUGUGGCAGAGGUCGCCCGUGGGCCAACUGCGGAGGCCCCGGUGGAGGAGGUAUGGCACUGGCUGGCGGCAUCGGAGCGGCUUGCACGGGCGCUCUCCUUUGCCGACCACUUCUCCGUUGCCGGCUUGGCAGCGCGUCUGGAGACACAGCAGGAAGCUGCCGGUGAAGCAGCCGAGAGGUGGUUGCCUGCGUUGCCUGUGAUUCUGGCGGUCCAGGGCAUUGUGCCAUUCAGUUGGCGGCCCUGCGUAGAUGCGGGGGUCGGGUUUGUGUUUGACGAAACAGAGCCCUGA